GGCGGAAGGCAGCUCUGGGUUAUGUGUUUGGUGCUGCCUGCUGUCACUAUUUUGUGCUUCCUGAUCUGAGGGGCAGGGUUCAUUGGCAUUUGGACUCUACUUACACAGCAGGUAACAGGGAUUUCUCUGGAUUGUUUGUUCUGCUUGACAGCCUCAGAAAUGAGCAACAUGAAGCAAAUAGUGGACAAAGCAAGGAAAGCCUUUCUUACAGGGAAGACGCAGUCUAUAGACUUCAGAAUACAGCAACUGCAAGCCAUGGAAAGAAUGCUCACUGAAAAUGAAGCUGGCUUUGUUGAAGCACUGAAAGCAGACUUGCACAAGAAUGAAUGCACUGCUUACAGCUAUGAGAUUAUGGGAUUGCUGGGUGAAAUUCACUUGGCCAUUGACAAUCUAACGAAGUGGACAGAGCCUAAGCACGUUAAAAAGAACAUAAUGACUAUGCGUGAUGAAGUGUAUAUUAAAUAUGAACCUCUUGGCGUCGUCCUGGUCAUUGGAGCUUGGAACUAUCCUGUGGUUGUCCUUUUGCAACCUGUAGUGGGCGCUAUAGCAGCAGGCAAUGCUGUGGUGAUAAAGCCUUCAGAAGUCAGUGAGAACACUGCCAAGCUUUUGGAAAGACUCAUCCCUCGCUAUUUGGAUAAGGAGCUGUACCCAAUAGUAAAUGGUGGGAUUCCGGAGACUACUCAGCUGCUUGAACAAAGAUUUGACCACAUCUUCUAUACGGGCAGUACCGGUGUUGGCAAAAUAAUAAUGUCAGCUGCAGCCAAGUUCCUAACCCCAGUCACCCUUGAACUAGGAGGGAAGAGUCCAUGUUAUAUAGAUAAAAACUGUGAUAUUGACAUAGCUAGUAGACGUGUUACAUGGGGAAAGUUUGUUAAUUGUGGUCAGACUUGCAUAGCUCCUGAUUACAUUCUAUGUGACAAGUCGAUCCAGGAUAAAGUAGUUGAAAAGAUUAAGGAAACACUUAAGGAGUUCUAUGGCGAAGAUGUCAAGAAGUCUCCAGAUUAUGAAAGGAUUAUAAACAAACGACAUUUUAAGCGCAUUCUUGAACUGAUGGAAGGACAGCAAAUAGUUCAUGGAGGCAGUUAUGAUGAAAAAACUUGUUAUAUAGAACCAACUGUCUUGGCAGAUGUGAAUCCAGAAUCCAAAGUUAUGCAAGAAGAGAUUUUCGGACCAGUGCUUCCCAUUGUAUCAGUGAGAAAUUUAGAUGAAGCCAUUCAGUUUAUAAAUCAGAGAGAGAAACCUCUUGCUCUCUAUGUUUUCUCUAAAGAUAAACAGGUGAUUAAAAGAAUGAUUUCUGAGACUUCUAGUGGUGGUGUCACUGCAAAUGAUGUCAUCAUGCACUUCACAGUUACAGAAUUACCAUUUGGAGGGGUCGGUCACAGUGGAAUGGGAGCCUAUCAUGGGAAGCACACCUUUGAUACUUUUUCACAUAAGCGUGCAUGCCUUAUUAAGUCUCUUGCUAUGGAAGGUGUGAAUAAGAUCAGGUAUCCCCCUUACAGUAUGAAAAAGGUGGAAUGGGCCAAAUUUCUUUUAACAACUAAGCUGAGUAAAAAGAAGCUUGCUCUGGUGCUCGUACCCAUGUUUGCUAUACUGGCAACUGUAAUUAUGAAGAGAUAUCGGUGGGAGCUUGCAGGCAGAGGGAUGCAACUAAUGCUGGCAUUUCAGAGGAUGUGGUAUAAGCGAGACUGAGUAACUGGGUACAGAGAGCAGCAAGGAUCACAUUUGUUCAGUGAGCUAUUCUAAAACUGAGAACUGAAAAAGCAACGCAGGAAGCUUUAACAGCGGAUUCCAUUGUGUUUGCCAUAUUAAGCUGCUGUAUAAUUAGCUGAAUGCUUCAUAUUGUGAAUUAUAGUUUUUCUUAUCAUAAAGAAGUUAGAAGUUAUAAUUUCUCCCAUAUUUCACACUAAAGUGUAACUACAAAGCCUUAUGUUAAACAUAUAAACUAUUCUUAUCACUAAUUUUUAACCCUUCUGACUAGAGCAUUCAGAUAUUAUUUUUCUUUUAAAAAUGUUCACUGCUUAACAUAUAGAAACGCCUGUAAUUUAUGCUAUACAUCAGAUCAUUACAUAGAUAUGAAUUCUCUUUGCACUAUUUUCAAGUAAACAUAAACAGAGUAAUCUAAGACAGGAAAAGUGAAACUAUGCAACAGUAUGCUGUUCAUUUAUGUAAAUUGUUGAUAUACUAAUUCUAGAGAGGGUACCACUGAUUGUUUAAUGUAAACUGCAUUAAAAUAUAUCUUUUUCAUUUUUAAA